AUGUUCUCUUUUCUCUUUUUCCCUUUUUCAUUUUAUUAUUCACAAGGCUUUUUUUGUACAUUUUAUUCAAUUCACGCGAAAUGAAGGGGUUUCAAUUGGUCAGGGACGUGGUCAUCAAGCACAAGAUCCAAGCAAUAACAGAUAUGAAGCAGUCGCUUUUGCUGCUCGACCACAUGAAGAAGUUUGGCACAGUGACAUCGUUCAGGUUUUCUCGCGAUCCACUGACCAAGGAGCGCACAGGCAUGGCCUUUGUAUCCUACCUGCACUCUGACGAUGCUAAAGAGGCCCUUAGCAACCGGAGACAGAUCGUCGAAGGGCUCCGCGCACCACUCAAUAACAUCGAGGUAUCUGUCCAUAUCCGCCAACCCACGACAAAAUAACGAAAAUAAAUCAAUCAGC